UAACAAGAAUCAAAGUCAAGGAGACCAAAUAAAAAAUACAAAAAACAAAACAAGCGGGCAUGUUUUCAGGUACUGAAAAAGCAAAAGCUUUUCGUUUAUUACUAAUCAUUAAUUCGAAAAUGCAAAUGUACUCAUGUUUUCUAACAUUCUGAAUGAAAAGUGAAACAUUUUUGAACUUUCAAGGUUCAUGCCAGAUGCAUGUGGUAAUAUAAAUUUUUACAUUUCCUUCUAGUUUUUUCUCCUAUUUGUACAAUAUUCUUCGUGACACAUGAGCAUUAGAACAUUCCAGAAAAUGAGUAAUUCAAGUAUUUACUUCAAGAAACUAAAUGCAAAAGUUGGGGAGCCUCCAAGAAAAAGAAAAUGUAAAUCAGUUCCUCACCUGCUACCAGUUGUCUUACCUUCAUCUCCACCAUCUAUCAAAACCCGAUUGGGAAACGAAUUUUUCAACCAAGAAAGCUCUCUCCUGGCAAAUGCCUUACUGGGUAAAGUCCUUGUGAGGCAGAUAAACGAUGAGGAGCAUAUCUGUGGUAGAAUAGUAGAAACUGAAGCAUAUUUGGGCAUGGUGGAUAAAGCUGCUCAUUCAAGUUGUAAACGUUCGGUGCGUACCGAGCCGAUGUUUAUGAAGCCUGGGACUGUAUACGUCUUUUCUAUCUAUGGAAUGUAUCACUGUUUCAACAUCUCGAGCGGAGGCGAUGGGACAGCCGUUCUUUUACGUGCCAUAGAACCCCUUUCUGGAUUAGAACGAAUGCAACAGAUCCGCUCCGAGUCUCAAAAGAAGUCGUGCCAUCGUCUACCGACACACCAAUUAUGCAACGGCCCUUCUAAAUUGUGCCUUUCGUUCGGUAUCACAAAGGAAUUGAAUAAGGUGGACCUAGCGGAUCCCUCGUCUAUAAUCUGGAUAGAAGACUGGAGUCCUCAACCAGAAUUUGUUACCGUAACAUCGACUAGGAUUGGUUUAAGUAAAAAAGCUGCCGAGUGGAUUGAUGCUCCAUUAAGGUUUUACAUAGCGGAUUCUAAGAGCAACACCAUCAGGAUCGACGGCCAUAUUGAAGGGCCAGAACUCUGUCGAGGCAGUUGCAUCUUCAUCACGCUCUCCAACACUUGACGAAAUAAAGCUGUAAAACACCCAUUGCAAGAAAAAAACUCAAACAUGGCUAACACUGCUUCUCAGAAAGAUUUGCUCGAUACUAUUUGGCAUUUUACUCGUGGUUUUAUCGGUAAAGAAUUACUUUCAGAGAGCAAACUCGUACCAGUUCCCUACCUCUCGAAUGCUGAUGAUUUCGGCCUCUUCUCAGUUUUCGUCAAGAGCAAAUCGGAAAACGUAAGUCAAAAGAUUAAGCAUUCGCUGGCGAGUGCUUGUUACCAUGUAAUUGGCCACGUUUCCGAAGUCUUUGAGCUGGAAAAAACUGACCUUGAUCGUUUGUUGAACAGCGCUAAACCACACACAGAGGACGUCGGCAAUCAGUCCGAAAAGUGGGAGAAGGACAUCGAUUUGGGAUUCAAGUCAGUACAUUUGACUGUCGAAGGGCUUCACAAAUUUCUCAUCCCGCUGAAUUUGAGUGAAGGAGACCUUUGCCUGAAGCAAAAUAUUCCUGAUCUGGUCGGCGCCAAAAGCGUGUACAUCAUUACAGAUGUAAUGAAGGCCAGUCGCGUUACAGCAUGUGUUACGAGCGAUGACGUCACGAUGGAAAGAGUUUCUGCUGUUUCUGUUCCAAUAGGAUUUGGCUAUUCGAAAUUCCGAUUGACUCCCGAGGGACUCGUUGCUGAACAGAUGAAAUGCAAGCCUGCUUUUCUCGGCAAAUGGGUUGUUGUGAUUAAUCAACCUUCCGAACCCCUCAAAAAAUAUAUCACUCGACUCUCAAAACUCAAAUCCUUUUUUCCCGACGUAAAUACUCCUAUUUUGCAAGAAAAAAACUCAAACAUGGCUAACACUGCUUCUCAGAAAGAUUUGCUCGAUACUAUUUGGCAUUUUACUCGUGGUUUUAUCGGUAAAGAAUUACUUUCAGAGAGCAAACUCGUACCAGUUCCCUACCUCUCGAAUGCUGAUGAUUUCGGCCUCUUCUCAGUUUUCGUCAAGAGCAAAUCGGAAAACGUAAGUCAAAAGAUUAAGCAUUCGCUGGCGAGUGCUUGUUACCAUGUAAUUGGCCACGUUUCCGAAGUCAUUGAGCUGGAAAAAACUGACCUUGAUCGUUUGUUGAACAGCGCUAAACCACACACAGAGGACGUCGGCAAUCAGUCCGAAAAGUGGGAGAAGGAAAUCGAUUUCGGAUCAUAUUCGUUACAUUUGACUGUCGAAGGGCUUCACAAAUUUCUCAUCCCGCUAAAUUUGAGUGAAGGAGACCUUUUCCUGAAGCAAAAUAUUCCUGAUCUGGUCGGCGCCAAAAGCGUGUACAUCAUUACAGAUGUAAUGAAGGCCAGUCGCGUUACAGCAUGUGUUACGAGCGAUGACGACACGAUGGAAAGAGUUUCUGCUGUUUCUGUUCCAAUAGGAUUUGGCUAUUCGAAAUUCCGAUUGACUGCCGAGGGACUCGUUGCUGAACAGAUGAAAUGCAAGCCUGCUAUCCUCGGCAAAUGGGUUGUUGUGAUUAAUCAACUCUCCGAACCCCUCAAAAAAUACAUACUGCGAAUGUCAAAUCUCAAAUCCUAGUUUUCCGGCGUAUGACGCUAAAAGUGAUUUCUUUUAAACUGUUUAAACAUUUCGAAACGUUCCUACUGGCGAUAUUUUCAAAAUUUUUACUUACUAACUUUUUUACUUUCGACUCGCUCUGUUACUGCCACACGCCGUCCCAUUCGCCAUAUUUGUGUGUCCUAUUCGAGUUCAAUACAAAAUAAUUACAAAUA